AUGGCGGCCCGAGCAAGCUUCUUCAAGCGGCACGCAGGCUUUGCCUUUGCCUCGGAAUGUCCUGCAGACUUUGGCACAGCACGGCGUUCGAGUAUGUGGCUCCAUCAGCUGCACCGCCUUGUGAAUCGAUUCUGGUACCUUGAUAGCGCUGCUUCUUGGCCACCUUCAAGGGAGUUGUCUGAGAAGGUCAUGCCGCAGCAGCACUUAGUGCACAAGGACCCAGAACCACAAUUUCAGUCUUCAACCCAGACUUUUCAUUGCACUGGAUGCCAGCUUGGGAAGCUUUGGAGAACUAUUGUGCUUGCCAUGGUGAGUUACGAGAAUCAAAGGACCCAGCUUGCUCCACAAUCGAUGCCUCAGCUUGGACCCACGAGGAUCCCAAAGAAGAGCUGGAAGAUGGGAGGUGGCCCAAGCGCAUCCUCAGGAUACCAAGCAUCAAGGAAGAUCUUCAUGAGCUCUCGUGUGUUCAUCAGCCCUGACAAUUGCCAUGCUGCAAUGAGACUACCUGGUGAACCUGCGACUUUGGAUGGCUGCGGGUCAGGGGUUUAG